UUUACUCUAACUUAAGAGUUGAAUUCUGCUGACAGUCUCAGUGCGGGGCUAACAGAACACAUCUCGAUGGAUGGUAACAGUAAAACCAGUCCGCCGUCAACUUCCGCCGGGUCCACCUGCCUGGAAUGUGAAUGUAUCCAUCCCAAUGAAGGUGAGGGAGGGUCCUGUCUGCUCUGUGGUUACCUGAGACACCUGGACCUCUGUGGUGUUUACACACACACAGCUUUACGGCCGGCUCCAGCCCAGAGAGGUUAAGUCCCAGCCGAUACAAGGAUGAAGGGGCUCACGGUUCUCUCCCUGCUCCUGUGGCUGUGCGCGGCCUACUUCGUGGGCAUCUACCUCUUCGUGGGCGGCUUCCUGCUGGUGAGGCUGGAGGUGAACCGGACCAGCGCCUGCGGGGACGUCCUGCAGCCCGGCGCGGAGUCGGCGGACUUCUGCCGGGGUGCCCCCCGGUUCCGCAGGGUCGUCGUCCUCAUCAUCGACGCCCUGAAGAUCGACUUCGCCCGGUUUGACCCCGCCAAGACCGCGCCGCGACCUUAUGAGAACAAGCUGCCCGUGCUGGAGGAGACGGUGUCGGCCCGGCCCGCGCAGAGCCGGCUGUACCCGUUCAGAGCCGACCCUCCCACCACCACCAUGCAGAGGAUCAAGGGCUUCACCACCGGCUCCCUGCCGACCUUUGUGGACGUUGGCAAUAACUUUGCCUCCAGCGCCAUCUUGGAGGACAACCUUAUCCACCAGCUGGGGCAGAUGGGUAAACGGGUCGUGUUUAUGGGCGAUGAUACCUGGGAAAACCUCUUCCCUAAAAAGUUCUACCGCUCUCUGCCGUUCCCGUCCUUUAACGUUAAAGACCUGCACACGGUGGACAACGGCAUCCUGCAGCAUCUCUACACCACCAUGGUUGGGGACGACUGGGACGUGCUGGUGGCCCACUUCCUGGGAGUGGAUCACUGCGGGCACCGGUUCGGACCCGACCACCCGGCCAUGGCCGACAAGCUCACCCAGAUGGACGGCGUCAUCAGGUCGGUGAUGGAGCGCCUGCAGGACGACACCCUGCUGGUGGUGAUGGGCGACCACGGCAUGACCGACACCGGGGACCACGGCGGGGAAAGCCAGAAGGAGACGGACGCCGCGCUCUUCCUCUACAGCCCGUCCGCCAUCUUUCCUGGACCGCCGGCUGAGGACGAGCCGGAUGUUGUCCCUCAGACUGACCUGGUUCCCACUCUGGCGCUGUUACUGGGAAUCCCGAUCCCAUUCAGCAGUGUGGGUCAGGUUCUCCUGCCCCUUUUCCCCCCACAGGAGCAAACACAGGGUGCAGUUAGGCGCCUCAGCCAGCUGGAGGCGCUGUGGAUCAACACAAAACAGGUCAACCGUUUCCUGGAGACGUACUCGUCUCUGUCCAGUGACAUUCCUCCAGAGAGUCUCUCUGAGUUGAAAGCCGCCUUCGCCCGUCUCUCCUCUGAUUACCUCGGGUCGGUCGGCGCCGGGCUGCCGCCGUCGCCUCACCUGGCCUCCUCCCUGCAGGCCUACCUGACCUCCGUCAGGGACACCUGCCGAGCCACGUGGGCCAGAUUCAACCCGGCCAAGAUGGCGGCCGGCCUGGCCGUCCUCACGUUCGCCUGCUUGGCGUGUUUCGUGAUGUCGGAGCUCUCCGCCGCGCUGACGGAGGAGAAGCGUGCGGGACUGAAGGGUCCGGUUGCCGCAGCGAUAACCAUCGGGGUCGCUGUCGCCGCUGUUCAGCUGGUUGCCCGCGGUUACGUGGAGGUGGUGUGGUGUCUGGCGGCCGGCGCCUUCGCCUCGGAGGCGCUCUUCCUGUGGAGGGCGUGGCGACUGAACCGGCCGGCCGUUUUAAAGAACGGAGCCAAAGUGUCGAAGCUGUCGGCGCGCCGCCUGCUGGCGCCGUCCCUCGCCGUGCCGCUCCUCCGCUGCGCCUCGCUGCUCUCCGACAGCUACGUCAUCUACGAAGGCCGGGUCGUGACCUUUCUCCUGCUCUCUCUGGCGCUCUACGUUCCCGUGCGCCUCAACUGGGACGGCCAUCUUGUCCCUCUGACCCCUGACCCGCUGAAGUCGGCGGGACCGCUGCCCUCGCCGGCAUUGACCCUGGCCGCCGUGAGGAAGGAGAGCAGCUCUCUGAUUGGCUGCCUGGGCGGCCUGGUGCUGUGCGCCUGUGUCUCGCUGUCGUUCCACGGCUGCAGGGAGGAGCAGGGCGGCUGCACGCCGUCGCCGUUCCUCUCCCCGCUGUCCCGCCUCCAGGACAGCCAGCUGAAGAACCUCUACUACAUCCUGUCCGUCGUCUCUCUGGGCGUCUCCGCCUACCUGCUGCGGCUCUGGCUGUGUCACUACGGCAACCUGAACUCAUCGGGCGGGACGGCGUUCGCCGCGCGCUGGGUCCUGCCGCUGCUGUGCGUCUGCGCCGGCCUCCAUUGGGCCGUCAGCGCCACGCCGGAGGACGGCUUCAGGAAGCUGGCGGAGCUGAUCCGCGUGGCGCAGCUCGCCCUGCCCAGAGCCGCCUUCGCCCUGCUGGGCCUCGGCCUCGGCCUGAUCUGGGCCGACCCGCUCACCGUGUUCGUGAAGACCCGCGCCGCCGCUUCGGCCAGAAGCCCCGCCCUCGCGCCGCGCUACCGAGCCAGCACCGGCAUCAGCCCGCAGGCCGAGCUGCGCCACCUGAUCCCGCAGAUCUACCAGCGCAUGCGGCGCUCGCUGGAGGACGGGGAGGCGGGUGGCGUGGAGGACGGCCGGCCCGCCGUGGAGGCGUACGGCCUGGGGACGGUCUACUCCGCCCCGCUGCUGCUGUUCUGCGGCCUGCUGGGAGUCGGGCUGCUGCUGCUGCACCCGGAGGGCAUGGCGCUGGCCUUCCUGCUGCUGCUGCUGGAGAUGGCGGCGCUGCUGCACAUCCACGCCGCCGCCGCUAACCUCCGCGGGUCGCCUGCAGCGAACACAGGGGUUUUCAGCGUCGCCUGGACUCCAGUGGUUCUCUGGUCACUGGCUGCCUCCCAGUUCUUCCACUCCACUGGUCACCUGCCCACCUUCCCUUCCAUCCAAUGGGGCGCCGCCUUUGUUGGGUUUCCAGAUGGACACAGUGGCACCGUUCUGCCCGCCUGCCUGGUGACACUCAACACGUUUGCCUCACACAUAUUAUUCGCAGUGGGUUGUCCUCUGCUGCUGUUCUGGCCUCUGGUGCGGGAGGUCAGGGGCGGCAGGGGGGUGAAAGGUCACGGCGAAGAAGGCGAAGACGCCGUGAUGGAAAUGCGGCUGAGAGAGAAACCGCAGCAGUUCAGCGCCGCCCUGCUGCAGCUGUCAACGCGCUACGUCUUUAUCCUGGGAGCUCAGGUGUUUUCUUCAGUCUGUGCUGCUGCUAUUCUCAGGAGACACUUAAUGGUGUGGAAAGUCUUUGCACCCAAGCUGCUGUUUGAGGCGUCUGGCUUCGUGGUGAGCUGCUGCUUCCUGCUGAUCGGAGUCACCUUGGUGCUCAGGGUCGACGUCGCCGUGGGUCGCUGGUUUAAAAGACUCAUCCCAGACGCCUCCAGUGGUUAAAUGAUCCUGAAGCCAAAUCGUUCGUGACCCAUUGGGAUGUUUCUCCUGGUUCGGAACCAGAACCGGGUCGCAGGAAGGAGGGACUUAAUAAACCAUGAAUGUCAGAGAUGAAACUCACCAGAUUUUCUCAGCAUGUCGGUGAUUUGCCGCCGUGAUGGACGCAUUAUGAACACCCUGCACCUCACAGCCGUCAUCAUUUAGACACUAAUUCCCCAAAUUCACGCAUAAUCAAACAAAUUAGCCUUUAUGCUAAUUUGUGAUGACUCCAUUAUGCUAAAAGCCGGGCUGG